AUGAGUCCUUCUGCAUCUGUUCUUCUCGGCUCGUCUUCCCCGCGUCGCUCUCAUCCUCAUGGUGCGCCCCUCCCCUCCGGAAGAGCGAAUUGCCUGCAGCUCCGACGUGAUUCUCGCUCUUCUGCUUCUCCGCAGGAAAUCUGGAAGCCCGCGUGGUUGGAGGCGCUGGACACGCAGAGAUUCUUCGCCGGUUGCUCGGCCCACGAGGCGGUGAAGAAGAACGAGAAGAACAUCUGCUGCCUGGACUGCUGCACCAGCAUCUGCCCCCACUGUGUCCCCGCCCACCGCUUCCACAGGCUCCUCCAGGUGCGCCGCUACGUCUACCACGACGUCGUCCGGCUUGAGGACCUGGAGAGGCUCAUAGACUGCUCCUACGUCCAGGUCCCCACCCCUCUCCUUCUCUCUCUCUCUCUUUCUCUCUCUACGUGCUCCGGCAGUUGGGCUGUAAUGCCACGGGUGCAACUGCGCAGUCGUACACCAUCAACAGCUCCAAGGUGGUGUUCAUCAAGAAGCGGCCGCAGAACAGACAGUUCAAGGGCUCGGGAAACAGCUGCAGCUCCUGCGAUAGGACCCUCCAGGAACCCUACAUUCAUUGUUCUCUGGGAUGCAAGGUGAGGAUACCCACAGCGCCAGAACAUCCCCAUCUCACGAUUUACGCACGUGUUGAAACCCGCCAUGGCUCCUCCAGGUCGAUUUUCUCCUGAGCCAGAACAAGGACAUCUCUCAGUACUUGAGGGCCUGCGACUCUCUGAAGCUCGGCGCGGACUUGGUCCUCCCUCACCUCGCCGGAGACGACGAAGACGACGACGGCACCGAGACGACGACUCAGUCGACGGUGGUCGACAACCCGUCGGACUCGGAGAACCGAUCCAGCCCGCCGCCCAUCACCGCCGAGUUCGUCCGGAGGAAGAGGAGCGGCCUCCACGCCUGCUGCGCCUCCACUGCCGGCGCCGCAGCGAGCAUGAACAGGAGGAAAGGCACCCCUCACAGAUCUCCUUCGUGUUGA